AAAGCUGCGUUGGCACAGUUUCCAGAACUCGCACCGGCCCAGCCUGAACUCUGCCUCUCUGGAGAUCAACCGCCAGUCCUCUGCCCAGCUCAACCUGCUCCAGAAGUGCUCCCUGCUCCGUCUCACAGCCAUCAUGGAGAAGUACUCCGUGCCCCACAAGCAAGCCUGGACGUGGACUGUGCCCAAGUUCAUGAAGCGGAGUAAAGUCCCCGACUACCGGGACAAGCAGGUCUUUGGGGUGCCGCCCAUCAUCAACGUGCAGCGGACGGGGCAGCCCCUGCCCCGCGGUGCCUGCGGGGCGCCUCCGAGCCUGCAGCAGCGCUGGGAUUCGGGGGGAAAAGCCCGGAUUCAGGCGCUCCGGCACAUGAACGAAACCAGCCCCGACAACGUGAACUACGACGGGCAGUCGGCGUACGACGUGGCUGACCUGCUGAAGCAGUAUUUUCGUGACCUGCCAGAGCCCAUCUUCACCAGCAAGCUGACGGAGACCUUCCUGCAGAUCUACCAGUUCGUGUCGGAGGACAAGCGGCUGCAGGCGGUGCAGGCGGCCGUUAUCCUCAUGCCGGACGAGAACCGGGAGGUGCUGCAGACCCUGCUCUACUUCCUGAGCGACAUCGCCUCCGCCGAGGAGAACCAGAUGACGGCCGGGAACCUGGCCGUGUGCCUGGCCCCCUCCAUCUUCCACCUCAAUGUGUCCAAGAAGGAAAGCACCUCACCGAGGGCGAUACAUAAGAGGGGCACCAUGGGGAAGCCUGACCAGAAGGACCUCAACGAGAACAUGGCUGCGACGCAGGGGCUCUCCCACAUGAUCACCGACUGCAAGAAGCUCUUCCAGGUCUCCCACGACAUCUUGCUCCAGCUGAGCAGCUCAUACAUGGCAGCAGAUGCUUACCCCCAUCCCCUGGCUGACUUCGUGUGUCAGGGGGAAAGCAAGGAUUUACACUCCUACUUCGAGCAGAGUGUGCAGAACCUGCUCAAAGAGUCAUCAGAGAAAUUCAAGGGGUGGCUGAGCACCCCGGGGCCCCUGAAUACGGAGCUCUCCUGCAAAAAGGUUGGGGACGGGCACCCUCUGCGCUUGUGGAAGGUCUCCACGGAGGUCGAGGCCCCUCCUGCCACGGUGCUGCACAGGGUGCUUCGGGAGCGUCACCUCUGGGACGAGGACCUGCUGCAGAGCAAAGUGGUGGAGGCCCUGGACAAGAACAUGGAGGUCUACCACUACGUCACGGACAGCAUGGCACCCCACCCGCGCAGGGACUGCGUGGUGCUCCGGUGA